AUGCCUAUCCUCAUGAUGGAUAUGCUAAAGCAGGAUUCCAUCCUGCCUGGCAUAAGCAACCAAACAGGUCUCAUCGGCCUCACAAUCAUUUCUCUCGUCUUUGGACUGUGGCACCUCAGCACAGCAACCGACAUCCCACACAUAAAAGGCAUCUUCGAAAUCCCCUCCUCUCUCCCCAUAACCGGGCAUCUCCUCGCCCUGGGCCCCGACCACGCAAGCGUCUGCGAGAAAUGGUGGCGCCAAUACAACCGCUCCAUCUUCCAAAUCAAACUCGGCAACACUCGAGCAGUAGUAGUCAACUCCUUCGAAGACUGCAAACGCAUGCUGAUCGGGAACCAAUCUGCCGUCAUCGAUCGUCCUACACUCUAUACUUUCCAUGGCAUCAUUAGCAGUACGCAAGGAUUUACAAUUGGAAGUUCUCCGUGGGACGAGAGUUGCAAGAACAAGAGGAAGGCGUCUGGACAAGCGCUAGGCAGGGCCAAGAUUAGAGACUAUUUCGAUAUGUUUGAUCUAGAAUCAUACUGCAUCGCCCGAGAUCUUGCCUUGGAUUCUUGCAAUGGACAGAAGGAGAUCAUGAUCCGACCAUACAUCCAACGCUACGCUCUCAAUACUACCCUCACGUUAUGCUACGGGAUCCGAAUGGACUCCGUCUACGAUUCUAUGCUUAGAGAGAUUCUGGAAGUUGGUUCAGCUAUCAGUCUCCUACGUUCCGCGUCCGAGAAUUUUCAGGAUUAUAUCCCGAUUAUGAGAUAUUUUCCGAAUAACGAGAAGAAUCGUCGCAGCAAAGAACUACGGGACCGUCGGGAUGCUUACUUGAAUUCUCUCCUGAAUCAAGUUAGGGAAAUGAUUCGGAAGGAAACAGAUAAGCCCUGUAUCUCCGCCGCCAUUCUCAAAGACCAAGAAACCAAACUCUCAGGAGUAGAAGUCUCAUCCAUCUGCCUGUCCCUAGUAUCUGGCGGUUUCGAGACCAUCCCCGGGACUCUCACGUCUUGCAUUGGGUCGUUGGCUACGCCAGAAGGCCAAGUGUGGCAAGAAAAAGCUUACGAGGAUAUCAAGAGAAUGUACCCCGAUGUACGAGAUGCCUGGAGAAACAGCUUCCAAGGCGAAGAAGUGCCGUACGUAAACGCCAUCAUCAAGGAAGCGGCCAGAUACUACACCGUAUCUGCGAUGAGCUUGCCGCGGAAGACAGUCACGGAUGUGCAUUGGGACGGAGCAGUUAUUCCCGCUAAGACGAUGAUCUUGAUUAAUGCCCAAGCUGCGAAUCACGACGUAGAUCAUUUCGGUCCCUCAGCCUCAACCUUCAACCCAGAACGCUGGCUCGACUCAGACGGUACUCUCUCGCCAGCCACCGAGAAAAUCCCCACAGGCCUCCAACACUUCUCCUUCGGUGCCGGCUCGCGCGCCUGUUCGGGCCAGAUCAUAGCAACUCGCCUACUCUAUACGGCGCUUAUCAGACUGUUGACGAGCUAUAGGAUCGUAGCGAGUGAAGAGAUGCCGCCGAAUACGGAUUAUGUGGAUUAUAACCAGUUUAAGAGCGCGCUGGUGGCUAUUCCGGUGGAUUUUAAGGUCAGGUUGGUUCCUAGAGAGGGAGUCGAGGGGUUGGGCGAGAAAGGAACGGUAGAGGGGAUGUUGGGGGAGUGUUUAGAGGAUGCGAGGGGGAGGACGGAGGGGUAUUAUAGGGUUGAUGAGGGGGUUAAGGUUUAG